AUGGAUUCUGUUCAGAAUACUACAGUUAAUUCCUACAUAAAGGAAAUUGAAGGUUAUCUCAAUAAUAAACGGAUAAUAUACGAAGCAGAAGGCAGGAGAGAAUUUGUUCCAUUGAUAGAUCGCACUGUACAAAUGAUUAGAUUAAUUAAAGAUCCUGGAACAACGGAGGGUCACUCAAAUGUCACAGAACAAAAUAAUAAUCGUUCAUCUACACAACGAAAUUUUGAGCGCCCACCGGAAAAAAUGUACCACUAUGCCGAUGGUGAAGCCAUUGAUUGUGCAAUAUGUAUUGAACAAGUUGAGCCGAAGCAAGCUCAAGUUCGAUUGUCAUGUGAUUUUAAAUGUCCUUAUUGUCGGCUAGAGGUCGAAAAUUACGCAAAGCAACCACGAACUUGGGAAUAUCCACCAAAUGGUCCUCCAACUCCACAGAAUCUAAACGAUCAUAAUGAUAUGUCACAUCCAGGAGAAUUAGAUUUUGCUAAUUUUCAACGAGGUGUAUUGCAAGUUGUCAAUUCGAUCUUUGGUGGUAGGUUGAACCUUGGACAUCCAUUUCGUGAUGAUACUGGAGCUGAAGAUGAUUAUUUGGAUGACGAUGAUGAGAAUAGCGAUUUCUCGGAUUCGGAUCGUAUUGUAUACGAAAUUACAAAUGGUGGUGAACAUUACAAUAAUUCAGAGACUGAUAGCGAUGAUGAUUCAAACUCUUCCGAUGAUGAUUAUGGCCAAAAUGAUUCUAUAAACAAUGAUGAUAGACUUCGUUCACAUUUCAGUAGUGAUUCCAGUGAAAAUUCAGCUUCUGGAAGACGUGCUCGCCUUGUAAUGCAUGCAAGUAAUAGUCGGAUUGAGGACUCAUCGGUAACUCGUGAUAAUGAACGUGACAAUCAAGGAAAUAGAUCAUCACAAGAACGUCAUAUACGAGAAAGGCGUUCAAGGUCUCCAUCAAUAUCACGUCAACGUUCAGAUCCUAUUAAUUCUACUAGAGUUAAUUAUAAUACUUAUUAUUCUGAUAGAGAUCGCGACGAUUUAAUGGACCUAAAUCGUCCUGUUAGUUAUCUGGAUGACUUACAAAUAUCGGACACCACUGAUUCUUCAAGAUACCGAAACGAUGAUUCCCGUAAUAUUAAAUCAAAUAUAAAUGAAUUUUCUAGAUAUCAUAAUGAUAAUAUAUGUAAUGAAACAUCCCGAAAUUAUGAACAAUUUAAUCAAGGUUCACUGGAUUCAUCAUCCAAUGUUCGAAAUGAUGGGACAUUUUAUAAUAAUUCAAGUAAUAGGCUCAGCUUUAAUAAUUCCCUUUCUCAAAAUAUAUUUAAUUCACCUCAACAUUCUACACAACACUCAACGUUAUCAAGUCAACAUAGUCGAACGCGUUAUGGUUCACAAUCUGAUUCAGAAAGUGAAUUCACAAAUACUUUAUGUCGACAUAAAUCUGCCUCAUUUCGGUUAAGAAACAUAUAUUCAGAAGAUUCAACAACCGCUGAAGAAGUAAUGGAUGAUACUGGUUCAAAUGCAGGAAAUGAAAUGGACACUACAGACGAUGAUACCGAAGAUGAUGAUUAUCGAAGAUGUUUUUCUCGAGAUGAUGAAGAUAAUGUCUCAACAAGUCUAUCAUCUCCAAUUAGAAACGAAACAAAUCAAACAUGGUAUAAACCGUGGUCUUGGUACAAUAAUAAUCAUAUAUCAGGUACAGCAUCUAGUGCAGCUGAUGUAGAUAGUGACGCUACAAUUAGCAGUGGUGAUGAAUGCGGGGAUGGCACAGUUGAUACGAUAUUAGUGACAUUAAUUUCAAUUUUUUCUAUAGAUGUAAGUACUCAUCAUUCUGUCGUGGUUGACUUAGAAAAAGUUACAUCGGACGCGACAAAAAAUGUGAAAAGGCCACAAAGGUGGGUGGGCCUAUAA